AUGGAUGACACUGGUCUUCCCGAGUUGGCCGACUUUCCCGACGAAGAAACCUCGUUGGCUCGGUCACUCAAAAUAGCGACCUGGGUAAUGUUUGCAAUCGCGUCGACAUUUCUUGUUCUCCGAUUCGUCUGCCAGGUCUACGGCAGACGAAAACUCUGGUGGGAUGAUGGGCUCCUGAUCAUCUGCUGGGCCGUAUUGGUUGCGAACGCUGCGACAACGACCAGAGCGGUCGACGCCUUCGACUGGGGGUUACCCUCCGCCUUCCUCACGCUGGAAAAGAUCGAGGCCGUGAUUCUCUAUAGAUUGAUCCGGGUCACUUUGGCAGCUCUCACAAGCGCCUGGGCCCAGAGCGCCCUGGGCCUGUCUCUCACCCGCGUAACUGAAGGCUGGAUGAGAACCUUGGUUUUUGCCAUCCUCGCCAUGGUCAACCUCGUCGCUCUUUCUCGUGUGUUUCUCACUUGGUUCCAGUGCACGCCAGCAUCAGGCAAGUGGGAAGUAUCGGUGCGUAUUACUAGCUGCGUCGACGAGAAAGCCACGGAGAUAUAUUAUCCCGCCUUCUGUGCAGCUUACUCGGCCGCCAUGGACAUUGUCCUCACUGUAAUUGGCAUGAAAUUCCUCGUGGUGGGUCAGCGAACAAACCGCUGGGAGAGGGCUAGCAGGGUCCUAUUCGUAGCCCUAGGCGUAUUUGCUGCUAUCACCGCCAUCGUCAGGGCUAGCAAGCUAGAGCCUCUUAACGGAUCUAUGAUCGACCAUAUGACCGUGCUCGACAUUUGGGAGAUCGCCGAGGGGCCAGUCCUCAUUGCUGUUGCUUGUAUCCCUGCACUUCGGUUCCUCACCCGCGACACGAAGAGUCGAGCGGAACCAGUCGACGCCGCGCCCAAUGUGUCGGAGUUGGAUGGCACAGCAAUCUACGCUCCGAAUGCUGGCUAUUACGGCCCAGAAAAAGGUCAAUGGCAAGGGACGGAAAGUGGGAGUCAAGGGUCGAGCCGUGGCGCUGGCAACACCCAGACGCAAUGCGCGGAAUUGCCUUGA